AUGAUGGGUCUUGAGGUCUCAAGGAUGAAUUGUUUUACACUGCAUCUCGGGAAUACAGAAGCAAUUCUGAUCGACGCCAUCCAACUACAGGGCGGGCCCCGGAUUGAACGAGGAGUCGUGCCAGUGGUGAUGGAACUAGAGGAGGGCAUAGCAGACGACCCCGACGCAUAUCCUCUGAAGAUACAGCUGCGCCACCAGAAACUGGAGCAUCUGACUGCGUGGCGGACCAACGCUCACAGUGAGAGAGGAGGCAUUGACGCGGCCAUCCAUUCCGGACGCGACGGGGAGCGUGACACCGAGCCCGUCCUGACCGGGGAGGAGGGCAGCCUCAAGACCAUCCGCGCAAAAUAUGUCAUUGGCAGCGAUGGCGCCCACAGCUGGGUGCGUUGCUGGCUGGGCUUUGAGAUGGAGGGGGAUUCCACCAAUGCAGUGUGGGGCGUGGUGGAUGCCAUUCUCGACUCAGAUUUUCCCGACUUUCGCCGACACUGCAUAAUUCUCUCGCAGCAUGGGACCAUCUUGAGCGUGCCUCGAGAAAACGGUAUGACCCGCCUUUACGUCCAGCUACCCGAUUCAAUGAAAGAUAUCUGCCUCACCGACGCAGCUCAGGUGGUGAAGAUCAUGGCUGUCGCUCGCAGGAGUUUGUUUCCUUAUACUCUGGAAUAUUCCUACUGCGACUGGUGGACAAUCUACCGGGUGGGUAGGAGAGUUGCCAACCAUUUCACCUACAAGCAGCGCGUCUUCCUCGGUGGGGACGCUGUACACACACAUACCCCCAAGGGGGGUCAGGGGAUGAAUGUCUCCAUGCAGGAUGCAUACAACCUGGGAUGGAAGCUGGGUGGUGUACUGCGUGGCCAACUGCGUCCGUCCGUACUGGCGACGUACGAAUCCGAACGUCGACCCGUGGCCCAGGACCUGAUCAAGCUAGAUACGAGUAUGGGCCGCGUGCUGGCGGGCGAGACCAUGUCUGAGACUCCCGAGGUGCUUCAGGUUUAUGAGCAGCUGCGCAACUACGGCAGCGGCGCCAACAUCUGCUACUCGCCAAACAUCCUUGUGGCGAGUCCCCAGCAGUCCCAGCAACACCUGGCCGCGCAUCUGAGGCUGGGAAUGCGGUUCCCCAGCCAUCCGGUGGUCAACCUUGCCAGCGCGAUCACCAUGGAGAGCCAGAGUCUACUGCCGAGUAAUGGCUCGUGGCGGCUCUGGGUCUUUGCCGGCAAUGUUGUCGCUUGUCCAGCGCAGUUGAAGCGGGUGAACAGCCUCGGGGAGAAGCUGUGCGCUCUGACAGCCCGUCUUGCUGCGCUCCAGAUGCUCUCCACGCCGUUUCUCGAGAUACUGCUCCUCUACAAAGGUCGAGUGGAGGAGAUGGAAGUCAGUGAUUUCCAUCCCAUCUUCACGCGCUGA